AGCGUUGUACUACGUACCAAGUUCUUCCUAUCCAUAAAUUUUCACCUCGAAUACGUCAAAAUUUAUUUGCCUAAAAAAUCUAAAUGAGAGCGUCACAGGCUUUGUACACACAAGUAAUAGAUAAGAAUAUAGAACAUGCGCCGCUCAUUCGGGGGUGGCAGUAGAGGCAUGGGUGGAGGCAUCGGAGGCAGUGGCGGUGGAGGAGGCGGUAUCCUAAGAACCGUUCAAAGGGCUGUCAGGGCUGGCGUCGCCGGUUCACAAUCGGAGCCAUUUUCACACGCCACUAAUACUAAUACUAAUACUAAUACUAGCACAGGUGCAAAUACUCCUAGAAAUACAAGACAAUCUUACAAGAAAAAACAGUCUGGUUUUACUCUUUCUUCUGGGAAUGAUAGUGAUGUUUCUUCUACCUUUUCAUCUCUUGUUAAUCUUCCGGUAUCUGCUACACCUAAUGCUGAAACUGCUGCUUGGGGUUCUUGUUCUUCUUCUACCUGGAACGAUGAAUCUGAGUGGGAGUGUGUAGAUUCAAGUGAAGAUGAAAAAGGGCAUGUCUUUAUUGAUGAUUUUGUCUUUGGAACUGUUCCAUCUAGAGAUGAAGUGCAACAUGCAGUAUCUGCUCUUAAACAGGUUUUUAGCCCGGCAUCUUUUUCGAAUUUUGGAAAGGAAAAACUUGAUCAAGGUAUAGAAAAGGAUGAGAAUAACAGUCCAAUAGGAUAUAAGCAGAAACUAUCUUCAGCCGACUCUCAGUUGGAUUGGGUUGAGCCCUCAUUGCAUCUCUUCGAUUCAAGAAGGUUGCAGCCUCAUGGAGCUGAUCGAGUUUAUGAUGCCUUCCAUUUAUUGCAAACCGAACCUUCUGUUCAGAAAAUGGUCAUUUCGUUAUCAUCUGACAAGGCUGUUUGGGAUGCUGUAUUGAACAAUGAGGUCGUUCAGGAGUUCAGAGGGUCGCUCUUUCGAGAACCAGCUUAUAAGAAUCCGAUAGAAACUUCACUUGAGGGUUCUGAUGAUUCCAAUCCAGCCAAGGACGUACUGAAUUUUAUUUUCAUGAACACUAAAGCAAAAAUCAUGCAACUGAUUGACAAGAUCACCGAGCUUGUGAACAAGUUUUUUGGGCCUCGAGAGAGGGAGAAUUCGAAUGGGUUGACCGAUCCUUUGGAAGAAAUGCUGAAAAAUUCUAUUUUCCUUUCGAUCAUGGUCCUGUUGGUAGUGGUUAUGGCUCGAACCCAGAGCGCAUGAUCAAAAUUUGCCGACAUGUAGUGUGAAGUUCAUAGACUUUCCUAGAAAGUAAGUUUCCUAGAAAGGAGGUUUUUACUUGAAUAAAAUGUUAUUUGGGACCAAAUAUGCUAGUGAACAUAAGUUUGUUUUGUGAAAAUAAACAAGUCUUCACCUUGAAGGAAAGAAGAUUUAAUAUAUUUUUGAAA